CCCCACCCACGAGUAUCGUUUCUCAUCAAUUAUUUAUCUACAUCUCCCUGCGCUCCCCUUUCUACUUUCUAGGUCUCAUCGAGUCAAAACAACUUCGAUUGUCCGGGCUGGCAUCAACUAUCAAGAUCCUCGUUUACGCGUUUUGAGUAUCCCAGCUGAUUGGGAGCUUUAAGAGUGAAGAAAAUUGUUCUUUAGUUAGUGACUUGCAAUGAUGUUGGGGAGAAGAGGGGCUUGCACAAAAUGGCCAUUAAUCACAGGAUAUGGUUUUGCAAAAUUUAUUUUCAGUGCAUUGGGUUCUCCUUCCGGGUAUUCAAGAGAAGACUUGGACAUCAGUCUCAUAGUUAGUCUGUAGAAUCUACUUUGUCAAUACUAUAGUUUCUGUAGACAAUGGAAGGAAAGUGGGCUAGAGUACCGAAUGAUGGGAAGAAAACUAUUGUUGGUUUGAAAAGGAAAAGGAAAGUUCGGUGCGCAUCAAAUAUAGUUGGAGCUAGCCAACCACUGUUCUUGCAAGAGUCCAGCGUAAACUCAUCUUUAAGCAAGAUUGUUAAGCGUAAGAGAUCUGAUACAUGUAGAACCAAGUAUGAAUCAUGGUUGAAUAGAUAUACUCUUAUUAACUAUAGGAAUUUCAGUAGAAGUGGGCUUCCUCAACGACUUAUGUAUCAUCAAAAUGGGGAUUGGAUUGAUCAUCCUCAACAAAUUGUGGACUUGGUUAGGAGAGAUUUUCAGUUGAAAAAUGUAGCUGUGCAAGUGGAGUUCAAUGGCUGCCAUUUAUUUCUAGAUGUUUUGUAUAUGAUUCAAUGGGAGUUGAAAACAGGUUUACAGAAGCACUUUGCUUGGAUUGAUGAAGCGGGUCACUGCUUCUUUCCACAGCUUCUCUCUUCUACUAGUGAAAGGCAUGAAUGCUGCCAAUCUAGGUUCACGGAUGAUCCACACACCAAUGGGACUUGUGAGGUCAAAUUGCAGCUUGAGAUUGGAAUAACUGGAUCGACUAGCUGUGAUUCAGAAGAAUGUGUAGAAGAGUCAAAUAUUCGUGCUAAGAGGACUAAACUUAAAUUAAAAUCUAUUAGUGACUGUGUGGGUCUCAAUAUCAAAGACAAUGACAAUCAAACAUCAGAUGCUAUAAUGCACGAGGCUAGUGGGGAAAAUCUACCUAUUGCUGUAAAUACAACAUCCAAGUCCCAUAUUGUGCAUGGAAUUCUGGAGUGUGAUACAGUGAAAAGCAUGUUUAUGAAGAGCAUGGGAUCAUCUACAAGUGCAAAUGUACUAGAGGUUAAGUGUUGCUCUAGUUAUUUGACACAAACUCGAAUGGAGCUAUUUCAAAAGCAGAUUGAAAUAAUUGAGAGGGGUCGUGGCGAUCCAAAUGUACAAUAUGGUUGGCUAGCAGUCAAUAAAGAUGCUCUAAUGGGCAUGAUGACAUAUGGGCUUGGGCACGGUGGACCCAAAAUUAUGUCCUCGUAUGGCAAUGGAGUUCACCUUACACCAUUAAACUAUGCCAAUAUAAGUGCAAAUUAUUGUGAUGAUGACGAAAAUGGGAUGAGAUACGUUGCGUUCUGUUGUGUCAUAUUGGGAAAUGUGGAGGUUGUCAGUCCUGGAUCUGUACAAUGCCAUCCCAGUACUGAAGACUUCGAUAGUGGAGUCGAUGACCUUCAAAAUCCGCAUCAUUAUAUAGUUUGGAAUAUGAAUAUGAAUACCCAUAUUUUUCCAGAAUAUGUUUUCUGUUUCAAGAUGGUUUCCAGUGCUGAUUGUGGAGGGGCUUUUAUUGCUAAAGAAAGUAGAAUUGAUGUGUCAGGAAGUAUUACUAGUGAAGGGCCUCAGGUCCAGAGGCAGUUGUAUCACUCUCCAAUUCGAUCAGAGAAUUGUUGGCAAUCUCCUGAAUUUGACAAGAGAUGUCUGGAAAAAGCUGUUGCCCUCUGCCCAAGCUCUUCAAAGACUCCAAAAUCACCAUGGAUGCCUUUUGCCAUGUUGUUUGAAGCUAUCUCAAAAGAUGUUUCUCCUAAAGAUAUGAAGUUGGUGAACGAUCAUUAUGACCAAUUCAAGAGCAAGAAGAUUAGUCGCGAAGAUUUUGUCAAACAGUUGAGAUUGGUAGUUGGGGAUGCACUAUUGAGGUCUACCCUAAUGGGUCUUCAGUGCAAGCCCCUGCACCCACCACCCAGGGUUUGUGUGGGAGGAAAAGAAAGAAAGAAGACAAACAUUUGGUACUGUUACAUAAUUUUGGGCGUAAAACAAUUGGUUCAACUGCUGAAUGCUUGCAGCAAUGAUGUUCCUCAUAAUGUUCAUAUGGUGGAAGAUUUAAUAGAGGGGGAUACCAGAACAUGGUAAGCUGAUUUGAUCUCAAUUUUUUUGAUGCGGAAUCCAGACAUGCCAUCCUAAACAUAAUCUGCUACAGAAUGAAGAGGAGGUAUAUAAGAAUUGAAAACUUUCUUCAGUCUGCAUAUCCCAUUGAUCAGAAGGAGCAGUUUUGCUCAACAAGGAACCUUACUUUCCAAUCAUUCGAAGCAGUUGUGGAAUAUAAAAAUGCAGGACAGGCUGAGGUUAUUUUUGUGGAAAUCCUUACCUGUAAGAGGUCAAGUUGGUCAAUUCCUAUCUUCUAUAAAUGAUGAAUUGCUGCUGUGCCCUCUAUUUGAAGCUGGGGUAGAAACAGUGAAACCCAAUUUUCUGGCAUGUCAUGUCAUGAGGGCUAUGUGACAGGAGUCACCUUGGCCAUUAGACACUUGAUUUGCGUGAAUAACAAUGGGGGAAUGGAUCCAAAUUUUGUUACAUCCGCAGGACAAGUUUGAUCUUGGCCAGGAUAGUGGGCACGGCCUCCAGCUAUGUGCAGUAAUUAUUAUGGUUACUGUUUAAUUUGAUAGAAAUGAGGUGGUUCAUAUUGGGGAAGCCAGAUGUUCUUGUUAUGGACCAAUGGUGGCGAAGGGAAAACGCCUAUAGUUUGAACACAGAAAUAUGUACCAGAAAGAAAUGACAACCUCCUUAGGUGGUUGUGUAGAAAAUUAAUGUUGAUUUAAAAAAAAAAAAAAAAAAAAAAAUCUUGAUGGCUCCUUUUUGCCAAAAUUCUUCUGGUAUUAUCACAAAGGCUAUGGACAUCUAUCUAGAUUGGAGUCUAUAAAUUCAACUAUUGGGGAAGCCAGUGGUACUCAA